AGACGCUGGUGAGAGGCAGGGAGAAGGAAAGAAGCCUCUCAAACUAGAGCUGUAAACGGCAGAUUUGAUCACUAAAUGUCAUUAUUUUGUAUCUGAAGAAGGGACGAAAACUUAGCACAAUGUCGAAGAAUACAGUGUCUAAUCGAUUCAGGACAGUAGACGUUGACGAAUACGACGAGAACAAAUUUGUUGACGAGGAGGAUGGAGGUGAAAAUCAGCUGGGUCCUGACGAGGCAGAAGUGGACUCGCUAAUCAGACAAGGGAACCUGAUGGAGGCCUUGCAGGCAGUCCUGAAGAACCCACCAAUCAACACCAAGAACCAGAACGUCAAGGACUGUGCCGAGGGCCUUGUGUUGAAGGUGCUGAGUGCCUUUAAGAGCAGUGACGUAGACAAGGGAGUCCAGUCUCUGGAUAAGAACGGAGUGGACCUGCUCAUGAAGUACAUCUACAAAGGCUUUGAGACGCCAUCGGAUAACAGCAGUGCCGUCCUGCUGCAGUGGCAUGAAAAGGCUCUAUCUGCAGGUGGUCUGGGAUCCAUCGUUAGAGUACUAACAGCCAGGAAGACUGUCUAACAGAGGAGGAGAGGAGCCAUGUUCUUCACAGUGACCAUCUGGUGCACAUUACAACACAAGGAUGAUAUCCAGUAGAUCACAGUGUGUCACAGAGAAGAUCCCUCCUAUCUGUCUCUGCUUGUUUUCAGAUCUCACUUCCCUAUGUCUCCCUACACAGACACACACACACUGAUACAGCUGUUUCACACAUUCACCCAAACACAUAACACAUGCCAAAUUGGCAUCGUUUUUAGUAUUUUUACUCCAUUCCUUUCCUUCCCUAGACCCUCAAACACACACCAGCACAAUGCUACAGAACUCUUCUUGGGUAUGGCUUUGUUUUUCUCAGGAAAAAUCUAUUUUAUAGCAGUUAUUUGUCUACCCUGCUACUCUUUUUUUUAUUAAAGCUCUAAUAGGCUGGUGUCUUUGUUAAAAAGCUGAUCAGAAAAUUCCUGAUGGAACAAAAGCUUAUAAUUCCACAGAAAAUCCCUAAUUUGCCCUUCUGUGACCCGUGGGGGCAGAGGGAGGGAGGCUCCUGAAAAGCACAGCCACAGAUGGAGCGGGGUGGAUUUGCGGGUGGGGGAAGUUUUUGCCAGCAGGGGUGGUCCAGCCAUCAUCCUGUCCUGCCUGCCCUAGUUAGGGAUUAAUACCCACGAUGCAUUACGGCCCCCUUUUACUACUAGCACCACUGUUCUUAAUCCUAGACUGUGUUCCUGUAAAAACACUACCCUACCAUUUAGCUAAUGUAAAGGGCAUGCAGUCUAAGUGGUGUCCUAGUAUGGGUUUAGUGAGCUCUAUGCCUUUUCUCACUCACUGAAUCAUGUACAGGGCAUUAUCAUGUCAGACUUUGUUGUAAUAUUGUUUAGUAAGGGAUGCAUUUGUAGUGCUUCCAGGACAUAAGAAUAGUUUCACUAAGUUGCAAACUUUCAAUGAAUUCCCUGGUUUUCCAGAAAUCGUGUUUGUAGGAUUCCGGAUUUAUUCCAUCUUGAUUCCAGGAAUCCUCCAACCGGUAAAACUAGGGAAUUUAUUUAAAGGUUCUGGAAUUUUCCAACCCUACACCUAUGAUUAUUAGUAUUUUGACGAACAUAAUUUGCCUUGGAUGUAUUCUUGGCUCUGUCGGGCCACAUUCCCUCACCAGUAUAUGUUGUAUGCGAUCACUGCUAGUCAAUCAUGGUGUAUCUUUGCUCUGUCGGGCCACAUUCCCUCACCAGUAUAUGUUGUAUGCGAUCACUGCUAGUCAAACAUGGUGUAUCUUUGCUCUGUCGGGCCACAUUCCCUCACCAGUAUAUGUUGUAUGCGAUCACUGCUAGUCAAACAUGGUGUAUCGUUGCUCUGUCGGGCCACAUUCCCUCACCAGUAUAUGUUGUAUGCGAUCACUGCUAGUCAAACAUGGUGUAUCUUUGCUCUGUCGGGCCACAUUCCCUCACCAGUAUAUGUUGUAUGCGAUCACUGCUAGUCAAACAUGGUGUAUCUUUGCUCUGUCGGGCCACAUUCCCUCACCAGUAUAUGUUGUAUGCGAUCACUGCUAGUCAAACAUGGUGUAUCUUUGCUCUGUCGGGCCACAUUCCCUCACCAGUAUAUGUUGUAUGCGAUCACUGCUAGUCAAU